GACAGAUGGCGUAAGUUGUACCUUUGUAGACGACGUUUACGUGUUAUAAAGUGUUUGAUAUUUCGAGAAGGAAGAGCAAGCAGCUGAGACAGAAGAAGAUACGCGAUACGUAAAAGAUACGUUUACGCGAACUUUUUGUGAAACUGUGUAUGUAAAAAGCUGCCGUCGAGAGAGGAGGAUAAGUUCGAACAAAGUCGAACAGUUGCGAAAAUGGCGGCCAAGAGCGGUGGCAGUGAUGAGUGGUCAUCAGUAAUGAAACCAAUACUAGCAGUAUCGCAUGGAUCGUUUGAUAAAAACGAUGUCAUUGAAUUGGCAAAGAGUAUCGUUAAAUGCGAAAAUAAAUUUGUCUUUCACGAAGAACAAUAUGACACCUUCUACACGUCUGUCGCAGCCCUUACGGCUGAUCAUCUCAGCGGUUGCGCCAGUACAUUUUCGAAAAGUCAAAUAUCGAUAGUUUGUCAAGCGUGUAGAAUAUUACUUGGCCGCUUGGUAGACAAAUUGUCUGAAAUUCAACUGGGUGAUGGAACACCUACUAUUUUGAGCACAAAGCAGUUGUUGCUUCCAAUUCGUGCUCUUUGUAUGGGACAGUCGUUGCUUUCAUCCGCGGAUGAAGUAGCCUUAAUAGCUGCUAUAAAAAAUUCCAAGAUACCUCCUUGCGUCAAGUCCCAAUCACCUGGAGUUGAAAAAGAUUCUUCUCAGUCCUCGAAAGACUCUGCGAGGGUACGAUGCGAUCUCUCCAAUAGCAUUCUAGAACAAUUGACUAUGCCUCUACAAGACUUUACGCUGUCCGUGCCUCGUGUUAUCGAAAGUUCCAGCGAUGGGAGCAAUAAAAUUACCAAUGACAAUACAGCAAACGAACCUCACUCCGACACAAAGACAACAUUUGUUGUAAAUAAUAUAAAUAUUCUCCAAAGUAUGGGUGCAGGUGACAUCCUUCUGGACAUGUGUCUGAAUCUUCCACACUUGUCGCGGUACAUUCGUAAAUAUCAAGCGUAUUUAAACAAAAAAGGUUUCAGUUUACCUGCUAAUGCUUCGGAAGCACACGCUAUACGCCAUAGUCUGCAUUCCGUAGCAAAUGACAUUAAUAUCGUGCAUAAUGUAAUAUCUUUGCCAUUAUUGGAACCGCUGACUACGGUCAAGCUAGAAAAGCUAUCGGUGCUGACCAUGUCUUGUCUGUAUUGUUCGAUCGCGAACGCGACCGCGUCCAGCAUCGUUGGAAUAACGAAUGCGGUAUCGCCAAAAUGUAGUACAAAUACCUCUGCUGGAACACAAAUGAAUCAAAGUGGGAAAAAUAUGGAAGAAGAAUACGAUAGUUUGGCAAUUACCGUUGUCGAAAAGAGCCUCGAAAUAUUUGGACUAGUCUCGAAUGUGAUAAAAAACAGUACGCGAGCAGGUGGCCAUAUUUUACAGAAUCAUUUAUUAAUUGGUGUGUGGCUGUUGGUGACUGGUUUGCAAGCUCAACUUUCGGUAAGCAGUUUUAGCGCGGCAGACAAGGGUAAGGAAGAAAAGGGAAAAUCACCUAGUAAAGCACGCGAUGGAACUGCUCGUGUCAAUCUGAUGAAAGUCCAGCAAGGUUUUGGAGUGCUUUCAGUAGCCUUGGCUUCUCAUGCGCUCACCCUAAUGAGCGCUCUAUUGGAAGAUGUAUCGGUCGAAGCGAUUGCCGAUUCUUCGAUUCCACCUGAGCCAGCACCGUUAGAUAUUUUGUCCACCGCAACUGCGCUUCAGAGAGCAGUCACUUUCCUUCAAGCAGUACCGCUUAAUCAUUUAUUGUUUUAUUUAGCCACUAUUAGUUACAGAAAGGCUUGUACCUUGAAAAGGGUACAGAAGCAUCCUUUCGAAGGCGAUGCUUUAAGUCAGUCCGAUUCGACGACUUAUUACGAGGAUCUGUUAAGUUGUUCAGAUAAUUCUACCGAUGAAGAGGAGGACAGCGAACCCAUUUUGGGUUUAUGGUUUGAGGAAACCAUCGCACCGUCCGACGAAUCACCUGCGACUGGUACAAAGGAACCCAGUAACGAAACCAGCGCCGAACGAACAGUAACCACUAUUGUUCCUGACAAUCGUGAACCUCACGGUUACAUAUCCCUGGCCACUAAGAUUUUUCAAUUUAUGAAUCAACAUUUAAUCGGUAGUAGAAGCUGUUACGUGCGUGAAUACGUAGUAAACGGCUUGGUUGAACAACAGAUGGUUAUAUUAGCAGCAAUAAUCAGAGAUUUGGAUCAUGAAACUGCUAGAACGGAAACAGGUACAAUCUCGGUAUUCUAUGGUGCAACUUUAGGCACCAUGUACUCUGAAUUCUCUCAAGCUUUGAGCCGCUACACCCACAAUUUACUUGCUCGCAAUACAUUGAGCGAGAGUUUACAAAGCACUCUUUUGCAACAUUUAGGCGUAAAUCCUUGGGCUGGAACGGAAAGUACAACUCCGUACACCUGGCCACUUCAAGUUUAUCCGAGAACGUUAAGCGUACUAGCACAGGUUCUUUUGCUGAAACCUCAGUCAGAAAAAGAAGCGGCAUGCAUAAGUAUAUGGCAUCGAUUGGUGACAACAAUGGUGGAGAACGUGUGCAAUCCACCUUCUACAUUCGAAGCGGAAAAUGAAGAUUUAAACGUGGAACACGCUCAGCUGGUUUUAAUUCUAUUUCAUUCCCUUAAUUUAAUGCAAAAGAAAUCUGUAUUGCUUGUAACUGGUAGCGGCGCUGUACGUUGCAGCGAAGCAGUUAAAACACCUAUGAAAGAUUCUCAGUUAUUACAUUUGUCACGAUUAUUAUUAUUACUCGAAUACAUGAUGAAACACCUUUAUGACGCACCACCUGCGUUACUCGAACAAGUUCAGUGGAAUCUGUUUUCGGCGACAAGUCUGGUUUGUGAUGCAAAAGAUGGUAAUAAACAAACGGCCCGAAUUUUUACCUCGUGGACCGAAAUUGAAGAUAAUUAUCGUAAAUACGGUACCCAAGACGAAUUCUCAAUGAAGCCACGAUUUUACAACCUUUCUACUACGGAUUUCAAUAAUCAAGACACGCCAAAGUUGGAUGGAUUGGCAUGCAACUUCAUUUUGGGCGCACCGGAUAAAAUGAAGUAUCCACUUUUAGUCGACGCGUUAAUAGAUAUCCUGAAUGUUCUGAAUCAGACAGAUAUGCAGAAGAAAAUUAAUAACGACGAUAAAGAAAAAAUGUCAACAUUUUUAGGUCUAUGCGCUAUUCGUUAUUGCUUUUCCAUAUGUUGGCGUUUAUUACUGAUGUUACCACCCUCUACCCCGUACAUGGAUAAACUAGCUCUCGGCGAGGAAAUUCCUGCUGGACCUAUGCUGCUUUACUCUUUGAUUUGGGGGCCUAGAGCUGCUUAUAAAACUUUUACCAGUUGGAUGAAGGAUUACCUGGUUAGGCAAGGAAUGUAUACUCAGUACGCGGAGAAUCUUUUAAAAACUGUAUCGUCUACUGUCAAUGCUCUCAAGUACGAUAUUACGGUGGCAAAGAAUUGUAUCACGGCGCUGAAACCAGAAACUAAUUUCAAUGAUCAGAUAAUGCCAAAAAGCGCAUUACCGAAGCUUAGCUCGUUAUGUAUUUUGGCAGCAGUCAUCGGUAAAUUGCAAGUUCUUUUCGACGAAAGUAUAUCAAAAAAUCAAAACGAGAACGUGGAAAGUUCAAAAAAUGCACAAAGUUCGGAACCUGCAAGUACGAAUACGAAUACGAAUACGAAUACAAAUACGAAUACAAAUACGAAUACGAAUACGAAUACAAAUACGAAUAUAAAUACAAAUACAAAUACAAAUACAAAUACAAAUACAAAUACAAACAAAAUGAUGGUUAGUAUUCUUCCUCACGUUCUUUCUCUAACCGAGGCUAUCUUGGCCUCGUGUCGAUCAAGUAUACUUCAUCAAAUGAUCGAGUCGUUAGAAGAAGAGGGUAAAUAUGGUCAACGAGACUAUUUGGUACUCGAUGAUAUAAUUGCGAUGGCGGGUGCAAACUGGGCAACCGAAGCAUCCUUGAUCACUUUUCUACCAAACUCUGUAAAAUUAGUUCUCGAUAAAUGGAAAGCCAUCAACGUUACUUACAUACCAUGGAAUACCUACGCGAAUGAUAUUAUACCGGCUGAAAGUUACAUUCUGAUAACUGUGAAUCAUCAUGUGAGCUCGCUUUCCGAAUAUCCAACAUUUUCUAUUAAUCCAUCUCUGAAGAAUUUGUUGCACAGCUUGGUUGCUUUUAUAGUAGAAUAUAUUACUCCUAGUACUGCACCGGAAAACUCGGAGAUACGUUCUCAGGCGCUGAAUAUUCUUGUCGCAUUAUCUAUGGACGCUCGUACGGAUUACCUUCAAGAUAUGACCAACAAGGCUUUGACAAAAAUGUUAGGCGAUACCGACAACGAAACGCGACAGUUACGGGAACAUUUGUUUAUAUUGCGUGACACGUACAAUUUGAUAAUCGAAUAUACCAAUGAUUCCCAGGAUCCUGUAAAUAUCACGAUAGAUGAGAAAAUUUUGAAACGGUGUAUCAAAUAUUGGGAACAGUUGUUGGAAAAGCCAGUUGGAUGUAAAGCUUUGGAUUUAUUCUUUGCGCCCAAUACCAAUCGGUCUCUUGUUUCUGUAUUACUCUGUAUAACGUCUUCACAGUCGUCUCAACAAUUCGCUACAUACGUUUUACGUUUCUUCAACACGCUAUUCAGAACAGCUGAAAAAGGAAAUUACGGAUCAUUGGAACGUCUUUGUGGAUCUGUAUCGAACCUAGCUCACGUAGAAACAGAGAAAUUACAAACAUGGUUAAAACAAGUCAUCUUAGGAGCAACAAGUAUUUCCCCAAGCGCAUCAUCGACCAAUGUUCAAACACCUACGGUAGUAACCUCAAAUGCGUUGGUUGCCGUUAGUGGAACAGGGACAACAGAUGAUGCAGAAAAAGCUGACGAAGUUAGUAACGCGCCGAAUAACGAACAAGAUCAGUGGUUGAUCUUGUUGCCAGAUGAUUCUGUAAGUAAUAAUCAAUCGGCAAGCAUCACUGAUGAUCAACAGCAGCAGCAGCAGCAACAGCAACAACAGCAACAGCAAUUACAACAACAACAACAACAACAACAACAUUCGAUGCAUGAAAACAGCCGACUUUUGCGAGCACUCACGAAUUACAUAGUAAAAGAAAAAAGUAGCGUGGACGAAGGUGUACCAGUGACGAUUCUUCGAGCCCUUAUACCAUUGGCUUAUCAUAUUCUUUCCCCAACGAUCGAGGGCAAUGGCUUUUCAGAACUGAUGAACGUCAUGUCGACGUUAGCAGAUGCCGGUUCCGAAAAGGGUCAUACUUUAUUGUUUAAAGCUGCGAUCGAAUGGAUCGAAUUAUGCAAAGAACAAUUGAUGAAUAAAGAUCUUCAGAGUUUGGAUAAACCAUUGCCGUUCGUCGAGGCUGGUUGCUGUAUAUUGAAUUAUAUAGCAGAUAUAGUAAGCGCGAUUUCUCCUCAAUCGAUAUAUUCUCAAGAUCGAGCAACAAGUCCACCCUGGGAGGGUGGUACGCCGGUAAACGACGUAAAUGACAGCGACUGGGUGGAUGAAAUUCCACACGAAGACGAGGAUAGCGCUGCCGAGGAUUCCGACGAGGAUAGCCUUUGUAACAAACUCUGUACGUUCACGAUCACGCAAAAGGAAUUUAUGAAUCAACAUUGGUAUCAUUGCCAUACUUGCAACAUGGUAGACGGGGUCGGUGUUUGCACAGUCUGUGCUCGCGUCUGUCAUCGCGGGCACGAUGUAACUUAUGCGAAAUAUGGAAAUUUCUUCUGCGAUUGCGGAGCGAAAGACGACGGUUUCUGCCAAGCAUUGACGAAAAGAAGUCCUCAAACGUCGGAGCACCAAGGUGGUGGUGGUGUCGGUGGUGGUAACGCCGCGGUUGCUGUUGGCGGUGGAAGUAGUACAGCUGUUUCCACCAGUGGUUCAACCGGCGGGGGUGUCACCGCUGGUCCCAGCAGUUACAGCAAUGCGCACAAACAUUCCUCUCAAGAUAAUCGCGGCGAUCUGUUCCUCACGAAUAGUUUGCGACGAAGAACUUCCAGCCCAUUUUAUUUCUCUGACAAACAGGAAAAACAAGGACGCGAUAAACAAAGGCACGCGUAUUUAGCGAGGCAGCUUGAAUCAUCGAAAGAGUGGAUACAAAGUCAUCUCUGGAAGGCUGGUUUAGUUUCAUCGUUGGUAGAUUUGACCGGUACGUUGCUACCAGUGGUGGAUGCGUCAUGCAAAAAGAACUCGGCGGUUGGUUGUCACGCGCGUGCUCAAACGGCACUGAAACAAUUACAUACGAUGGAUAAAAAGUUUGAAUACACCGAUCAAUUGACGCUUCCGACAUUGGGAUCGCAAGAGGGUGCAUUUGAAAAUGUUCGAAUGAACUAUUCUGGAGAUCAGGGACAAACCAUCAGACAAUUAUUGUCCGCGCAUAUGAUACGUCGAGUCGCAAUGUGUUGUCUGUCCUCGCCAAACGGUAAAAGGCAGCAUCUAGCGGUCUCGCAUGAAAAAGGGAAGAUAACGGUGUUACAGUUGAGCGCUCUGUUAAAACAACCCGAUUCGUCGAAAAGAAAACUGACCUUAACUAGGCUCGCUUCGGCGCCUGUACCUUUUACCGUACUCUCCAUAACUGGUAAUCAAUGGAACGAAGAUUUCCUGGCCGUUUGUGGUUUCAAAGACUGUCAUGUAUUAACCUUCAAUACAUCUGGAACGGUCUCUGAUCAUUUAGUUUUGCAUCCUCAAUUGGAAACUGGUAAUUUCAUAAUAAAAGCGAUUUGGCUGCCUGGAUCGCAAACUCAGCUGGCAUUGGUCACCGCGGACUUUGUCAAAAUUUAUGAUCUUGCUAAGGACGCGCUUUGCCCUCAGUAUUACUUUUUAGUACCGACUGGAAAAAUACGGGACUGUACGUUCAUGUACUCCGAAGACGGUGUAUUUUACUUGUUAAUAAUGUCGUCGGCUGGAUACAUUUACAGUCAAGUAAUGGACGAAGAAAGUUUAGCGAAACACGGGCCGUUCUACGUGACCAAUACCCUUGAUAUCUAUCAUCCGGAAAUAAAGGAUACUGGUCAAGUUGGCGGUGGUGGUGUAUCAAUUUAUUAUUCCCAUGCUUUGCAAUUGCUUUUCUUCAGUUACACGGGUGGUAAAAGUUUCAUCGCGCCUCUCAAGUACAUGGAUACCGAACUAACGACCGUUUUCCAAAUCAAUCUCGCUGGUAAUAAAAGUUCGAACGGUAACAAAUCGAAUAUCAAUCAACCACAACCACUCUGUCAAUGGAGCGAGGUAGCAAAUCAUCCUGGACUGAUUUGCUCAGUUAUACAAACAACAAACAAUCCUGUUAUAUUGAUGAUCAAACCGGACACGAUAAUGAUUCAAGAGAUUAAAGUGAUCCCAGCAAAGGCUAAAAUAAUGGAUAUGGUUGCUAUAAGACAUCCGAGUUCGAACGGUGAACACCGUACAACCUUGAUAUUAUUAUGCGAAGAUGGAAGUCUAAAGAUCCAUAUGGCCGGAAUGGAACAAACCGGAUACUGGAUGUCAUCCAUGGUUCAACCAAUCGGUACGUUAUCAAACGUAAAACCAGCUCGAAAAAAGAAAACAACCAAGACUGGAAAACCUUCGAAUUCCAUCAGUUUUCCCAUUGAUUUCUUCGAACAUUGUCAAGUGAUGAACGACGUUGAAUUUGGUGGCAACGACUUGUUGCAAAUUUACAAUGUAGCCCAAAUCAAGCAUAGAUUAAACACCACCGGCAUGUACGUUGUUUCUACAAAAGCAAUGGGAUUCAACGUUGAAGUUACCAAUAACGAUCCUGUUUUGGUAAUGACUGGAAUUAGGAUACUCCUUGGAAAUCAAGAUAUUCAGAGGGCCCCAGUUUAUAUAGAGGUAUUUGGUAGGAGCAUAUACACAACACUGAAUAGAAGCCGAUGGUUUGAUAUUCCCUUAAUGCGGGAAGAGAGUCUUCAAGCUGAUAAAAAGUUAACCAUCACGUUUGGACCGUCUCAAGAUCCUGAGGGUGUCAUUAUGGUGGAUUCCAUUAAAAUAUACGGUAAAACGAAAGACGCGUUUGGUUGGCCGGAAGAGAUAGAGGAUGUUCCAUCUGGUCAGUCUACAUCUGCACCAGUAACCGCUAUAAACAAUGAUACGGACAGUGCUCUGGUUGCACCUGCUCCUUUAUCGUCUGUUGAUAGAAUGGUUGCGGGCAUGUUGGAAGUACUGGAAUUGUCCUUCAAUAUUCCUACCAACGAUGAAAACAAAUUAUCGUUAAAGGCUACGGCUGUCGACGUGGCGUCAAAGUUGUUAAUAUUGCCGACUCCGCCUUUGGUGCAAAUUCAUACAACUGCUCUUCUUGCGGCAUUGCAUUCAUCCAAACAGGCAUAUCAUCUCCAUAAGGAUCAUGUGCUACUCUCUCAUGUACUAGAUUCGUUAAAAACGAUGCGAGAGCUGAAUGACGCGCGGGACAUUGACGCGGAAAACUAUUACAGGCUUGUAUUGAUUGUUCGAAGUAUUUCCGUUUCACGACCACAAAACCUUGCUAAAUUUACCGAUCAGUAUACAAAUAAGUCGAUAGACGAGACAAACAUAGCUAUUUUUGAAAAGGAUCGACAAAAUGUUAGCCAAUCCUGCAAAACCGUCGAUGGAAACCAACAGCACUUGAUCGUUCAGCUUAUGGAGAUACUGUGGGCUUUGCAUAUGGCGUAUCCAAAGAAUAUGGCUCUGGCGCCUGUUGUAGUCCCAGGACUGACUCAUGCCGAAGGAACGAUUCACGCGAUAGUUGAAAUAAUCCAUGCAUUCACCACGUGUGACGUUGAGAAAAAUGUUCCCUUGGCUGCUAAACUAUAUCUACAGUUGUUACUCUCAUCCGAUACCAUGAUCAGUUUUACCGCUAAACAGGCGAUAAUUCGCGUUCUAAGACCAAGAUAUAAGAAAAGAAGAGUUUACAUACCAACUCCACCCAAUUGUAGUACUCCAGGAACAGCCGUAGAUGGUGAAGAAAAGCCAUCAUCCUCCUCCGGACAAUCGCAUCGAGAGGCGAUAGCAGUAGCGUCGUCCGCUUCAACCCCUAUUCCGGCACCGACAACAUCAUCGGCUGAAACUGAACAACAUUUGGAGGUUGAUUCUGUAGGAUCGGUGGAUCCUCUAGCGGUGGUGCUAGCUGCGGAGAACAAUCAAGGAUCUAGUUCAUCUGCAAGCGGUGCUGCGACGACAUCCACUGCUACGAUUAGAAACGCGACUGGUAGCAGUAGCGCUGCUGCCAGCAGCAGCAGCGGAUCAGCGACUACAAGAGGGGCUGUAAAUUCCUUUGAAACGUUACUAAGCUCCGGAAGUUUUUCACAAAUAUUAGACGUACCACCAGACACCGACGACGAGGCAAUGAUGGAACUAGCGAUCGCGCUUAGCUUACAAGAUGAGGGAGGAGGUGCCGAUUUGCAAGUACUACGACAAGGAUUUCAACAAAACAUAUCCACCAACUUACAAGGCCUGGAGAACCUUCAAAACUUGAGUGGACCAGCAUUGCAGAGUCUACAAACGUUAGCAGCACAGGGUUUGGUUCAAGUUCAAACCACCAGUCAACAGAGUCAGGAAGGUGGAGGACAUUAUUCAGAUACGACAGCAUCUGCUGGUGGUUCUGACGACGAGGGAUCAACUGCCGCUACCGAUGGUAGCACGUUAAGGACAUCUCCUGCAGAACAAGGCGGUAGUGGUGGUAGCAAGGGUAGCGAGAGCGGUGGAAGCGAAAGCGGAGCAAGUGCUGUAGACAGUAUGACGGGGGAACAUAACGUAUCGGGAAGGAGUUCCGCUUACGGCGACAAUGGUCCCGACUCUAUACCUCCGAUCGGAGGAAUUACAGUCAACCACCAAGCACCACGUACUGAAAUUAAUUCCGUCGGUGUUCCCACGGCUUUCACCGUUAUCGAACAAGAAGAAGGUACGGAACAGGAGCACGUUACCGAACAGGAAAAUGAUACCAGUUGCGAAAAUACAGCAAAGCUGCAUACCGUUCGCUUGCUGUUACUCGACAAACUUAUGCAAUUUAUACCAAAUUUAACAAACGUACCCGGUGUCUUGGCAAUCCCAUUUAUGCAGGUUUUAUUAAUGUUAACGGCCGACUUGGAUGGACAAGACGACAAAGACAGAGCUUGCGUCGAACGACUGCUUCGAAUAUUAGUAAAAGAAUUAGAAAUGGAUAAACCGGAUACAACAAAUAUAUGUCAGCGCAGUAAUAAGAGAGAAGUUCAUUUGGUUAUUAUGCGACUGUUAAGUGUUUUAAUGUCUCGUUCAAAGUAUACUGCUAAAACACAGAGCGAAAAUUCAAAUUUCGUUUCUCAAAUGGCAGCUGGAAUACUCAGCAAAGCAGGAGUAAUUGACUAUUGUUUGACGUUAUUGAAAGCAUUGUUGGAAUAUUGGAAAACGACAUCGACGGAGGAAACAGGAACUAUUCUCGGCGGCCAAUUACUUAAAGAACAUCUCACGACUUCGCUACCAGAUAUGUCACCAUUCUUUUUGCGGCAACACGUGAAAGGUCAUGCCGGUGACAUAUUCGAACCGUACCCUCAGUUAUUAACUGAAAUAGUAUUGAGAUUACCUUAUCAAGUGCACAAAUAUGCAGAAAAUAAUUCAUCACAAGCAGCGUUUGAACAGCCAUGGUACUUUUACCUGUGCGAAUACAUGAUGUCGUAUCAAACGCCUCUGGUUAGACGUCAAGUACGCAAGUUACUUCUUUUCAUCUGUGGUAACAAAGAAAAGUACAGACAGUUACGGGAUUUGCACGCUCUAAUUUCCCACGUUCAGUCGGUACAGCAGUGUUGUACCGCCGGCGGAUUUGACCCUCUUCAAACGCGUCCACAUUCCAUCAAUUUGCCGUACGAUUCUUUGGUGGAAUUAAUCGAACACCUGAAAUGUUGCGUCGAGAUUGCUACAAGCCGUACGGGAAAUUGGCAACGAUUCUGUUUGAAACAGAACACAGUGCUGUCUUAUCUGUUUACUAUAUCAACGCUGUUAGACGAGGGUGUCAGCCCUACGGUGUUGCAGCUAUUGCAGUGCGCUAUAUGUUCGAGUAACAAGUCGAAGGAGACGAAGGAUAGUAAAACGAAGGAGUCGAAAGCAGCAAGUGCAGGAAGCAAAGAGAGACGAGAGCGCGAAAAGUCUGAAGAUUCUGAUACGGAAGCUAAAUUCGAGGAAACUCAGUGCUUAGCUUUAGUUGAACAGAUUCAGAAGCAAGUAUCUCCGAGUCUGCUAACUAGAUUCAUUCAGACUUUUUUACUUGAAACGAACAAUACCAAUGUACGCUGGCAGGCUCAUUCUCUGAUACUGGCUAUUUACAAAAAUUGCAAUCCAGCUGAUCAAGAGAUUUUGCUAGAUUUGUUGUGGCGUCUGUGGCCCCUGUUGCCUGCAUACGGCAGAAAAGCAGCUCAGUUCGUGGACUUGUUGGGAUACUUUUCUCUGAAGACACCUCAGGCGAACAAGAAGAUGCACUGUUACAUGGAGCAAGCAGUUGCGGUUUUAAGAGCACAAAAUCAGUUGCUUGCGCGUCACCCGAACGCGAAUCUCUAUGCAAAUUUGGCUCAAUUCGUCGAAUUGGAUGGCUAUUAUUUGGAGAGCGAACCCUGUUUGGUGUGCAACAAUCCCGAAGUUCCAAUGACGACGAUCAAACUUUCUUCGAUCAAAGUCGAUUCGAAAUUCACGACAACGACGCAGAUUGUGAAAUUAAUUGGUAGUCACACGAUCAGUCGAAUCACUCUUCGUAUCGGUGAUUUAAAGAGAACAAAGAUGGUGCGCACGAUCAAUAUAUAUUACAAUAAUCGCUCGGUUCAAGCGGUGGUCGAGUUGAAAAAUAAACCUGCCAUGUGGCACAAAGCGAAGAAGAUAACGUUAGCUCAAGGACAAACAGAGAUCAAAAUGGAGUUCCCUUUACCGAUCGUUGCUUGUAAUCUAAUGAUCGAAUACGCGGAUUUUUACGAGGACAUUCAAGCUUCUUCCGAGACGCUUCAGUGUCCACGUUGUUCAGCGAACGUACCAGCAAAUCCAGGUGUCUGCGCAAAUUGCGGAGAGAACGUGUUUCAAUGCCACAAGUGUCGUGCAAUCAACUACGAUGAGAAGGAUCCGUUCUUGUGUCACGCCUGUGGUUUCUGUAAAUACGCGAAAUUUGACUACACGCUAACCGGAAGACCCUGUUGCGCCGUCGAUCCGAUCGAAAGCGACGACGAUCGGAAGAAAACUGUAGCAACGAUCAAUGCUUUGCUCGAGAAAGCUGACAGGGUGUACAAGAAUUUAAUAUCGAAUAAACCGACUUUGGAAAUGUUGUUGGUUAAAAUAUCGGAACAUCGGUUGGAUCGCACCCUCGAAGAUGGUGGCAGUAGCAGCGCUAUUCAGGUGUCUAGCGGAAGUACACAAGUAAACAGAGCCAUACAACUGCUCGCUCAAAGAUAUUGUGGCGAAUGCAAAACUUCGUUUGAAGAAUUGAGCAAAAUCAUACAAAGGGUAUUGGCUUGCCGACGAGAAUUGGUAGCAUACGACCGACAGCAACGAGGUCAGAUGGUAACCGGCAGUGGUAGUAGUUCCUCUAACACCAUCACCACCACCACCACCACCACCACCAUCGUUAUCGCUGAUUCAUCAAAUCCCAAGGAAGAAUGUUUGAGAACAUCGACAUCGACGUCGACAGCGGCAGCGACGUCAACGACGUCAACGACGGUGACAACCACAAACACAACCACGACGUCGAUAAGCAGUAGCUCAGCGAGUACACCAGCCGCGAUCGCAACUGUGAAUCCUCAGAGUAUAGGUCGUUGUUACGGUUGCGCUACCGCAGCCACGGAACACUGUCUCACCUUGUUACGGGCUCUGGCUACCAAUCAAGUCGCUAAAGACGUGUUGUGCAAACAGGGCUUGAUUCAAGAACUGGUCGAACAUAAUUUACGCAAGGGUACGGUUCAGAUGCAGGAAGAGGUGAGACAGUUGCUUUGUCUCGUAACUACGGAUAACGCUCAAUCCACUAAAGAACUGUGCUCUCUGUUGACCGGUCGUAUCACGUUGAUGCUUCGUGGUCGAGUCUCUACUUCGGACCUGGCACUGGCGGUACGACACGAAAUGGCUCUAUUGGCUGCCCUUAUUCAAAAGGAAGAUGCAUGCUGGGAGCAAAAACUUCGCUGCAUCAUGCAAUUGUUCCUAAUGGCUUGCAAGGAAUCAAAAAGCCCCGUUGUUAUGGAGAGUAUCAUUUUACCCUGCUUAAAGAUACUCCAGGGCCUGGUGAAACCGGAGCAACCGGUCUCGAAAAAGAACAAAGACAAGAGUAUAGAAUCAUUGGCAACCGUACAGGUGCCCGAAUGCGUGACCAUCGAUGUGGGGAAAUGGUUAAACGGGGACCCAAAGCAUUCCUAUUCCGAAUGGAUUCGUCGUAUGCCACAAAGCAAAAAGUCGACGGAAUCGACGACGAAGCCGUUGAAGAAGGAGGAAACACGAGUACUCUAUUUAAUGGAAAAAUAUGGACACAGAUGGCGUAAUAGAUGCAAUAGAAGGCAACAACAGCAAGGUGUUCAGCCAUUGAAAUUGGCCGAUGGCGCUUGGCUGAAGGAAGUCCUAUUCAAUCCGAGUUCUCGACUAGCUCGACAAGUCGCCUGCAACAUGAUCGAGAGUCUCUGUCAAGGAACAGAACGGAAGAAGGAGGUGUUGGUAUUGUUGACCUGUUACUUGGAAGAGUUGCGUACAGCCGGCGAAAGUAGCACCGAAUUUCUCGCGUUGUACCAAAGUUUGAUACGGCAACCACCGUGGAAACAGUUCCUGGCAGUACGAGGGGUGAUGACAUUGCUCGCCGAUCUUCUGACCAGGGAAAUCGAGGAGCUCCACCGGUUGGAAGAAACGACUCUGACCAGUGAUCUGGCUCAAGGUUAUUCCCUGAAGAUGCUUACAGAAUUGAUGGCUACGUUCCUCGAACAGGAGAACAUAAAACAACAGUACAAGGGUCGGCUGGUAGCCGCUGUUCUCAAUGGUUAUUUAUCCCUGAGGAGGCUGGUCGUUCAGCGAACGAGACUGAUCGACGACACGCAAGAGAAACUGCUCGAGCUUCUCGAGGAGAUGACCACCGGUACCGAGGAGGAGACGAAAGCGUUCAUGGCGAUCUGCGUGGAAACGGUGCAAAAGUACAGCGUCGAGGAUGUACGUACACCGGUGUUUAUCUUCGAACGGCUAUGCUCGAUCAUUUAUCCAGAGGAGAACGACGUAGGUGAAUUCUUUUUAACCCUCGAGAAGGAUUCGCAACAAGAAGACUUUCUUCAAGGCAGAAUGUUGGGAAAUCCUUACAGCAGCCUCGAACCUGGAUUAGGGCCGUUGAUGAGGGACGUGAAGAAUAAAAUCUGUCAGGAUUGCGAGCUAGUCGCUCUGCUGGAGGACGACAACGGAAUGGAACUGUUGGUGAACAACAAGAUCGUCAGUCUGGAUUUACCGGUGAAGGAAGUGUACAAAAAGAUUUGGGUAAUGGAGGGUGGGGAAUGCGACGCGAUGCGUGUCGUCUAUCGAAUGCGAGGAUUGCUCGGUGACGCUACCGAGGAGUUCGUUGAGAGCCUGAACGCUAGCAGCGAACAGGAAGUGAACAACGAGGAAGUUUAUAAAAUGGCGAACGUUCUUGCCGAGUGCGGUGGCCUCGAGGUGAUGCUGAAUCGUUUAGCGGCCAUCCAGGAUGUGAAUCGAGCCCGUCCGCUACUUCAAGUUCUCCUCAAGCUGUUUCGUCUAUCGGUAAAGGUGAAGAGGAACCAGGAGGUGUUGAGCAAGCCAGAACUCGGAGCGGUAACGGUGUUGCUCGACGUGCUGCAACGUUGUCUUGCCACCGAAUCAGACAAUUCCCAGGCAAAGGUUACAGAACAGCUGUUGGACAUAAUGGAAACGAUUUUAACGCACGCCGCCUCGCAACCCCUCUCAACGUUUGAGAUAUUCUCCCGUACAUUGGGCGGACCGGAACACGUAAAGGCCCUUCUAUCUUGCACCCAGUCGACCGCUGUCAGACAAAGUAGCAACGUAUUGGCUCACGUUGCCCGCGUAUUGGCAGCGCUUACUUACGGGAAUACCGAGAAAAUGGCCCUGCUUUACGAUUACUUCAAGCCUGUCCUGAACUUUUAUAAAUUCGACUUUGAACACACGCCGGAUGACGAGCAGAAGCUCGAACUCUUCUGUAUUCUAACCCAAGCUAUCGAGCGCAACGCAAUCGGUAAUACACUGAAGGAUUACAUGAUCGGCAUGGGAAUCGUCGAACACGCCUUCGAGUAUAUAACCGUACACGCCCCUUGCGUAAAACCCACGCUCUUGAGAACGGACAGCGACGAGCUGAAGGAUUUCAUAUCGAAGCCGGCCCUAAAAUACAUUCUACGCUUUCUUACCGGCCUAGCAACCGAUCACGAGCCCACGCAACUCGCUGUCUCCCAGGUGACCAUCAGCAUCAUUCACCGACUCGAACAGGUAUCCUCGGACGAGCACGUCGGCUCGUUGGCGGAGAAUCUAUUGGAAGCAUUGUGCACCAACAAACGCGUCGCUGAAUUGAUCGAGGAGGCUCGACAACAUACUCGUAGCGAGAAGAAACGCUUGGCAAUGGCCAUGCGAGAGAGACAAUUGGGCGCGUUGGGAAUGCAAACAAACGAUAAGGGUCAAGUAAUGGCUAGCGGAACGAUUCUUCAACAAAUGGAAGAUCUAGGAGACGAAACAGGGUUAGUUUGCGUUAUCUGCCGGGAAGGGUACAAAUUUAAACCGAACAUGGUUUUGGGCAUAUACACCUUCUCGAAACGUUGCAACGUGGAAGAGUUUGAAACGAAACAGAGAAAGACGGUAGGCUACACAACUGUUACCCACUUUAACGUCGUUCACGUUGACUGCCAUAUGUCGGCGGUAAGAUUAGCGCGCGCCAGAGACGAAUGGGAAAGCGCGGCUUUACAAAAUGCCAACACCAAGUGUAACGGACUGUUGCCGUUAUGGGGACCUCAAGUUUUAGAAUCAGCUUUCGCUGGUUGCCUAGCCAGACACAAUACCUAUCUACAAGAGUGUACCAGCCAUCGAGAUAUAUCCUACCCAUCCACCGUUCAUGACCUGAAAUUGCUAUUGCUACGAUUCGCUCAAGAGAAAAGUUUCCACGAGGAUAGCGGUGGAGGAGGACCUCAGUCGAAUAUGCAUUUGCUUCCGUAUCUCGUUCACACGGCUCUUUACGUAAUUAACACCACAAGAGCAGCAGCUCGAGCAGACAAAACAUUAAUGGGAUACUUGGAAACACCUCCUGGACCUAGCUGGCUCGAGAGUUGUUACGAAGCCGAAGGACCAUUUUACCAAUGCACCAUGUCACUUUUGCUUCUUACACCAGCCCGCUGGAAUACCCAUAGACUUGCUCAUUUCAAUAGAUUGAUUAUUCUUGCUCAUCAACGAUACAUUUCACCGUCAGCUGCGACCAAGACCAUUGCCGAUGUAACCGUGAAGCAUUACGCGGUAUACAAAAGCGCGUUCAUCUUUUUUGGGCUAAUCGAUUCUAUUUAUGCCAAUUUCUUCAAGAAAGUCAACGUAUCGACAGACGAUCAAUGGCCAUCGGUUUUGGCCGAAUACAUCAGACAUAACGAUGAAGCUAUGCUAAAGGCAUCGGAACGCGUACUUGCUACUUAUCGCGACGAACUCUUACCUUGUACAUCUUUCGAAGAAUUUUCUGAUGUUCUCGGCUUGUUGGAAGAUAUAACAAAUCCUUCUACGUACAUAAGCGACCUUUUGCAAAGACUUGGUUAAGCAAUAAUACGAAUGGUGUUAAAAAGAGUCCUCCAUUUCCCUUUUAACUUUUAACAUAAAUAUCACCAUUUAAUGCGUUAAACUUCCGAAUUCCACGUUUCUUUUACUUUCGUUGCUUUUCAGUAUAUAAAAUAAUAUUAAAGAAAAAAAAAAAAAUAAUAAUAAUAUAUAUGUCGCUCGUGUAUAUCUUCUUAUAGGUCUCUUUUUUGCUAAAUCACCGAUUGCUUUGACCUCAAUUGUUCCGAUUAAUAUACUCGCACCGCUGUGUACAUUGCGGGUGAUCCUUUUUGCUUUCGGUAGGAUAUAAAAAAAAAACGUUCAGUAUAUCGCGUGGUGUUAUUACUCGAUUCUAUGAUUGUACGUUUAAAAAAUGAAAACAAAUAUGUGCUUUAAUAAAAAUACGAAACUUUAA